AUGGCAUUCGACAGGACGGAGAGAUUCGUGGAAAUAGCUACAUCAACUCCUGUUCGAGUGGGUCCGGGAACUUACGAUAUAUCAGAUCCAUCAAAGCCAGUUCGAGAUCUGGACAAUGCUUAUCCAUUUUUGAGUGGAGCUAGGCAGACACUUGGCAUACCAAAAGAUGUGCAUAAGUUCCCGGGUCCUGGUUCUUACAAUAUAGAAGCGCCACGGAAACGUAUACCAGAACGUGGCAGCAGUCUUGAUUAUACCGAUGUUAAAUUUAAAGAAAAGGUGUGCGAAGGACCAAGUCCAACACAAUAUACCUUGCCGAAAGAUUUGUUUAAAAAAACGCCUCGAAAAAUAAGAUCCCAUCCGGGUACUUGGCGUGGUCCCGCAGGCAAACUAUGGUUGAUUCGUCCUCCGCGACUGCUCACAACAGGCCUUGCCGUUCCUUCGAAACGUGACGUUGGCGGAUAUGACUACAAUGAACGAGGCAUACUUGUAAAAAAUCCGAUCAUCGAAUAUAAGCCAACCGAUUUUUACGAUGUUCCUCGAAGGGAGACAAACUUUACCACUCUGAGGUAUAAAGGAAACUUUUGGAGCAGAAUGAAGGGUAGAGAUGACGAACGGACUUCCGUGACCCCGGGUCCCGGGGACUACGAGCACGAAACAAAGAAAAGUCCCGCCCAAAUCCACGACGAGAAAACUAGGGAAGCGAAAAGAGCCACCGCUAAGCAGCCACGUUUCUUGGAAGCUUUGUGCCAGCAAAAAUUACGCCAAAACUUUCCAGCUCCCAAUCACUAUGGCUUAUCAAAAAGUGUGUUCGAUAAAUAUAAACGUAUUCUGUGUAAAUGUGACUCUUUCAUGGUAGAAUCGCCGCCAUUCAAUCAAUCUACGAAGAGAUUCGAGGAGAAUUUUCGACCAGAUACCCCCGGACCUGGAACUUAUGAAAUUACAGUUCCGCAAAUUUGUUAUGGUUCUAUUCUUCAUGCACCGUUUGGUAUUUUCGACUAUCGUUUCAAGAGAAUUACUGAAGAGGUGCUGCCAGGUAUAUGUUAUGAUGAGGUACCGGAUUCAGGUGCUUACGAAGUUUUAUCAGCCUUCAAAGCUAAUCGUGAUAGAUGCGAUUUCCUUUGUCGACGAUUAGCUCCACCCUUCGGCUCUCGCGCUAGUCGGUUUCCAAUGAUACCAGAAGACGAUUUCCAUGUACCAGGUCCAGCACACUAUGAUCUCAGGGGAGAUAUAUCAAAGAACGUGAAGAAUGGCGUGAUAUAUUCUGCUCCUCGUGAAAAAAAGAUGGAUAUCAAAAAGCCAGGACCAUUGCAUUAUCACGAUAUUGCAUACUCACAGCAUAUGAGAGUAAUACCGGAUGCUUCAGAUAAUGAUGUAUGA